AUGAUCAUUCCCCGACGUGUCCGCCAGAUCCGCCCGGGACGCGUGAUACUCUCUGGCAUUCAACCGACUGGUAUCCCUCAUCUAGGGAACUACCUAGGCGCACUGUCUAACUGGGUCAAGCUUCAAAAAUCUGCCGAGCCCGAGGACAAACUGCUGUUUUCGAUUGUGGGAUGGCAUGCGUUGACCCUUCCACAGGAUCCUGCUUCCCUACUGACUGCAAGGAAUGAUAUGCUGGCUGUUUUACUUGCCAUAGGCAUCGACCCUAACCGGUCGAUAUUGUUUCACCAGGACCAUAAUCCUCACCACACCGAACUUUCCUGGAUAUUAAGCUGCAUAGCGCCCAUGGGGAAACUGCGCCGGAUGACGACUUGGAAGUCAAGAUUAGCUACGGCGCGAAAUUCUAGCUCAGAGGAUGAAGUGGAUGAGUCGAUGCUUAACGCCGGUCUAUUCAUGUAUCCUGUGCUACAAGCCGCGGACGUACUUGUUUAUAAAGCCACCCACGUUCCUGUUGGCGACGAUCAACAGCAACAUAUAGAACUUACGAGAGAUCUCGCCGAUAUCUUCAACCGAACAUUCAAAGGAACGUCUCCCUUGUUCCCCCUUCCGACCUAUGUCAACACUCCAUCGAAGCGGAUUUUAUCACUCAAAGACCCAACAUCCAAGAUGUCGAAAUCUUCGCCCGACGUCCAGUCUCGCAUCUUGCUCACCGAUAACGCUUCCCAGAUCCAAUCGAAAAUUCGGGCUGCUGUCACGGACUCCAUCAGGGCAUUACUUACGAUCCUCAAGGUCGCCCGGGUUGCCAAAGCCUAUGAGAGCCAAGGUCACGGAACGCUGAAACGCGAUGUCGCAGAGGCUGUCGAGGAAUUCCUGAAAGGGCCCCGGGCGCAGUUCAAUCGUAUCCGUCAUGAAACGACAUAUCUUGAGGAGGUAGCGCGUCGCGGUGCUAUUCGCGCUAUUGAACACUCCGAGGUGACUAUGAUGGAAGUCAAAACACGCCUAGGUCUAGCAUCAGCUGUGGUUUAGAAAAUGAUGACCAUGUCUCGUCUGAUUUUUGUUUGUUUGUCAGCAAGUCCACGGAGAAUGCACUACUAGCCGCCGGCAGUGAAUCGGAAGUAGUAUGAUCGCGCUCGAUCACUAAAGGAUUAAUGGCAUCAAGGAGAACCUGUUUUACGAGCGCUAAGUGCAUCGUGGAGGCGGCCAUACGGUGACCCCCGGAAUUUGGCCUCGGUGUAGGCCCCGGUUGUUAGCAUUAGCGUAACUCUCCUGUAAUAGUGAGACUUGGUGCUGCAUUGUCCCCGCUUUGGCCAUAGCACUGCCAUCCCACGCUUCUUACCCUGAAAGUACUUGCCGCGGUCGACCGAGUCCGAGCCCGAGUGGUUGUCUGUUUGGGGCCAAGCUCCCGCAUAUCUAUGAAAGACUCCUAUCGCGAGGAGUAUCAAGCUUGCUACAAGCUUCCAGGGCACCUUAACGGGCAGGUAUUCAAGACCCUUUGCAG